AAGCAGACAAUAACGACUCGCGGGGUCAAGACAGUCUGGGUGAAAUGCGCCAACAAGGACAAAACAAGAGCCACUGCGAUGCUACUUGCCGACUGGGAAGGAAACAAGGCCCCUCCUUUUUUGUUGUUUAAAAGCACACCUGCCAAGACAGAUCCGAAAAAGGAAGCCAACAAAAUUCUGCGAAAUGGAUUCGGUGUCACCGUGUGGAAAGAAGUUCGCGCGCUACAAGAGGAGAAUGAGUGCCAGAUAUACGGUAACAAGGCCGCGUGGUGGAACCAUGAAUUGUCUCUGAAGUUUCUGGAGUACAAUUUCGCUGGUCGAGAAAACCCAGAUGAGAACGUCCUUCUACUCUGGGACGAUUUUGGUGGCCAUUGGACGGCCGAUGUCCUGGAGUAUGCAGCAUCUCUGAACGUCAUCUUGCUGAAAGUGCCACCGAAGUACACAUACGUCUGCCAACCGGCAGACGUAUCCUGGAACAAACCGUUUAAAACGGCUUUGUGA